AUGUUAAAUGCUACUCCGAAAUGUGAUUGGCACGAACAGCUGAUUUGGAAUCGUUAUGGUACCUUUUGGGAACGGGACGUGACUGAAAACUCAGAUGCCUUAUUUAAGGAAAGUUUUCGCGUGGAGAGGGAACACUUUAACACCUUGGUGGAACAGCUGCAAGGCCUUAAGAAAAAGGACACCAACUUCAGGGACGCCAUACCCUUAGACAAGCGAAUAGCUAUCGCCUUGUACACGUUGGGGUCGUCAGCGGAGUACCGCACUGGGGGAAAACUUUUUGGAGUGUCGUCUUCCAUGGUUGGCAAAAUUUUGCAUGAGUUCUGCUUCGAGCUGUACCGGGUGUUUGCUCCAAAAUAUUUGCCCCGUGAGUUCCUCACACAGGAGAAAGUGGAAGAGUGCGUCAGGGGAUUCGAAGCUCAUGGAUUCCGGCAAUGCUUUGGAGCAAUUGAUGGUAGUUAUAUUGAGAUUCGCCCAGCCGCCGCCGAGGACAUCGACUAUUACAAUUAUAAAAGGUGGUAUUCGACUUUCCUUUUUGCAUUGGUUGAUUACAGAUACAGAUUUCUGUAUGUCAACGUGGGCUGCUCGGGCCGCUGCCACGAUUCCCAAGUUUAUGAGUGUCCAGCGUUGAAAAGUAUUGUGGACAAUACUGAUCUAUUUCGAGCCAACUCCAAACGCAUAAACGAAACAGAUGUGCCUGUUGUUUUGCUGGGCGACUCGGCAUUUAGGUUUUCAACAACCUUGAUGAAGCCGUAUCCUUUCAGCGUCGCUGCCACUGAGGACGAAAAGGCAUUUAAUUAUGCGCUUUCCAAAGCAAGGAGGGUUGUAGAGAACGCCUUUGGACAGUUGAAAUCCCGCUUCCGCAGGAUUGGAAAGGGCCUUGACAACCGAUGCGAUAAAACAUCGAACAUUAUUUUGGCAUGUUGUGUUCUACACAACUUUUUAAACGAGAAGAACAGUGCGAUUUUGGAAACCUGGGCGAAUAUAAUCGAAGAGAGGCCACAGCCUGAAGAAUCAAAUGCUGCCAACUACUGCGACAACGAACCAGAGUGCAUUAGAAAAGCUAUUAUUUUAUUUGGAAAAUUUAAUACAACUAUUAUAUAUUUUGAUCUGCGUUCCGCUUUUCGAUCCUCUCCAGCGUCUUUUCGAUCCGCUCCAUUACUUGGAGACGCCGAUCCCCGAGCUCGAUCAAAUUCUGGGACAUGUUCACCAGCUCGUCGGUGCGCCGAUUGGUGGCUUCCACCAUGGCAGCUUCAAAUGGGGUCAUCUCCGGCUUGUUCGGACGUCGACGUUUCGAGGACGACGAGCCGCCUGGCUAAAUACACUUGAGCCAUCCAAAGACUCGUUCUCCAAGCCCUGGGAGAGAAAGGCAUCCCCUUCUAGGGAUUCAUCGGUUAUGAACGAGCUUUCGCAUUCAUAAAUGGGA